CAACAUAUGGGCAAUGCAGAAUUUACACAAGAGGAUACUAAUUUGCAACUAAAAAUAUCACCUUUUGCACAUGUAUCAUAAUGUUACCACUAGUUUGCCAUUGAAGCACAUGGAAAUUGCAGCUGUUAGGUUGUCAGUUGUCCAAACUGUAAGAAAGGAUGAAAUUCAUUUCCUGUGUGAUCUUGUGGUCCAGGAGUUUCAAUGAUUUAGCCAGUCACAUAGCUAGUUAAUGGUAGAACCUAGACUGAAAAAUCACAGCAAAGUAAAACAAGCAAGCAGUGCAACAAAAACAGGCUUCUAACUCCCAGUCCCCACCUAAAAUGUGCUUCAUAUAAAUAAUGCCUUUUGUACUUGAGGCAACAAGCUGCUUUUUAAAGUUUGGGAUCGCAGAGGUCCUGUUUGCAACAUACUUUUGGAAGAUGUAUGUCUUAGAACUAUAGUCGGACUAACUUUUUGGUAGAAUUCUAAUAAUGUAAGGAUUUACGGAUCACAUUUUAAAUCUGACUACAAGAAUAAUGCAUUAUCAUUCGAGAGUUUGAAAUUUUAGCCCCCUUCCAGACAUAAUCCUAAUCUCGAGAUGCUGCUCUACCCACCCCCCAUGGUAGUAGUGGUUUUUGUUUUGCAGAAAAUUCAUAUUUAGCUUUUUUCUAGAUUCUAGUUCAUUUUCAUACUGCGAUUUUAUUAACUGGUACUCAGGUUCAGAUGCUCCCUUUGUUUUUUUCCAGUUUUGACACCCAGUCCACAAUAAAGCUGGAGUAAAAAAUACAAAUCUGAUUAUGUCCCUCUCUACUUUUUACUGUAGUAUCUGUCCACUGCCGUCAGGGUAAAGUACAAGCUUAAUAUUUGUGAUCUGACUUCCCCUCCAGGCUCAUUACUCACCAUUUUCUAGCCCUCAACUUUAGCUGCAACCACUCUUGAGAUCCACUGCCCACCCUCCCUAGCAUUCCCCCUGUUUUAACUUGUCUAACACCUUCGCGUAUCUUUCAAGAAUCAAAUCUUAGCAUCUUUGGGAAGCUUUUCCCGACUGUCCAAGAGUGGGUCAAACACCCCUCGUUACUUAGCUCCUUAUGCUCACCUUUAGCAUAAGACUUCACUGUACACUGUACUGUCCGGGUUUGUACUAAGUUGUCUCCUGCACUAGUCUACAUUUCUCGAAGGCAGGACUUUGUUGCUCUAUCUUUAAUAGAGCACUUGAAUGUACCUGGGGAUGCUGCACAUUAUUUUUUAAAUCAUGAAUGAAUAUACCACAAAAUUUUCCCAAAGCCUCUGGCUUCACUGUCUUCUUUCUAGACCCCAUAUAUGUUUCCUCCCUGCUCUAGAGUUUUGCUGCAACAAUCUCCAGAGGAAGGAUACAAAAAGGGGGAAGCGAAGUAAAAGCUGAAGGGAAGAAGCAUAGAUAAAGGGUACUGCUUUUAAUUAAGACAUAGGCUCUUAACAAGUUAACAUGCAAUGAUCUUAACUAGCAAAAGAAUUAGAUGCUCCCCCCGACGAUUAAUGGCUGACCACUGCCAAGCACACCCUUUGUCUCCCUAGGCUCAUGUUGCGUGCCCAAAUUUAUGUCCAGUUUAGCCCUGAGUCCAGACAAGCCACUCAACCUGGGGCAAAGCAAGCGGGAAACUAAGUCCCCUGGCCGCCCCCAGAAGUUUCCCUCCAGCUAAGCGAGGUCCAGGUGGGUGGAGUCGAGCCCAGUGACCACAGGCCCGGAAGCUGCAGCAUACAUGGCCGUUAGUUUCAGGAACACGAGUGUCUGACAUGCGAUGUUCCCCGCCAGUCACUGAACAGCGAUAUUCCGGGUGAUAUCUAGGGACAUAACCACAAGAGUAAACCGGCAGCUGCCAAAUGGGCAAACAGUCGCCCUACUGGAGAGAGGCGAAGCUGGCUGCAUUGCGGCUGUCACACAGCACGGCCAGUUCCCUCCAGCGGAAGAACAAACAGCACAGCGGUCACUCCCACUCCGACCUUGGCCACAGCAGAGAAGAUGGGCAGCUCUGAACCCUCCACCUCCACUCCUGAUCCCGCCCAGGCCUCUCCCCCCCGGCACUGCCACCGCCAAAGUGGUGCCAUUGCCUGUGGACAUCGUGACCUGGAAGGAGAAGGGGGGAUGAAGUGUGAGUUUGAAGAGAUUAGCUCGGCCACUGAUUGUUCACCCUCCUUUUUAGGAUCUGGAGCUGGUUAUCGCGAAAUUCUUCCUAAAGCCUCUGUCGGGACUCUCCAUCUGUAUUCUGGAGGUCACCUAACCAACUGUCAGGGUUCUGCGGGGAGCCUCGUACUGUCUGGCACUGCCUCUACUUCCACAGGCUUGUGUAGCCCCCAAAUCGCUGGACUCGACCGGAGCGGGCGGGCGCGCGCGAGCACGUUGGGGGUGUUCUGCUCGCACCCCCGCGGGUGGGCGGGGGAGCCCUGUGUCGGCGGGCGCGGCGGGAUCACUACGGCGCCUUCUUGCCCCGCCCCCACCCCUGCAAGCCCCGCCCUGGGUCCAGAACAUUUCAAAGACAAUGUGCGGCCCGAGCAUGCUUAGGAAAUAAGGGACCCCCGGAUGAGCCGGCCGACCGAGAGCACAAAAACACGCAGGCCCACCCGCCAGCGCUUCUCCCGAAAUUCCGCUUCAGCGCCGUCUCCACCUGCUCUUGUCUGGCGAUGUGUGUCCCUCGCGAGGCACCGUUGGGUCGUCCGGGAGGCGUGCCCAGGGGCGGGAGCCGGGCUGCGGAGCCUGCGCUGCUGCUGUCAUGGACGCCUGGGUCCGCUUCAGUGCUCAGAGCCAGGCCCGGGACCGGCUGUGCAGGCCUGGAGGAGAAGCGGGCCGCCCAGUAUGCCUGCUCCCUCCUUGGCCAUGCGCUGCAGAAGCGUGGGGCCAGUCCUGAGUUACAGAAACAGAUUCGACAACUGGAGGGACAUCUGAGCCUGGGAAGAAAGCUUCUGCGCUUGGGGAACUCAGCAGAUGCCCUUGAAUCAGCCAAACGAGCUGUGCACCUGUCAGACGUUGUCCUAAGAUUCUGCAUCACUGUUAGUCACCUCAAUCGAGCCUUGUACUUCGCCUGUGACAAUGUCCUGUGGGCUGGAAAGUCUGGACUAGCUCCCCGUGUGGAUCAGGAGAAGUGGGCCCAGCGUUCGUUCAGGUAUUAUCUGUUUUCCCUCAUCAUGAAUUUGAGCCGGGAUGCUUAUGAGAUUCGCCUACUGAUGGAACAAGAGUCUUCAGCUUGUAGCCGGCGACAGAAGAGUUCUGGAGGAGGAGUCCCAGGAGGAACUGAAACGGGGGGACCUGGAGGUCCGGGGAGUCCAGCAGGAUCCCUGCCCCGACUGGCUCUGAAGCUUCAGCUCCGAUUCCUGCUCCUGGCUCGGGUCCUUCGAAGCCAUCCCCCCCUUCUGUUGGAUGUGGUCCGAAAUGCCUGCGAUCUCUUCAUUCCACUGGACAAACUAGGCCUCUGGCGCUGUGGCCCUGGGGUUGUGGGGCUUUGUGGCCUCGUGUCCUCCAUCCUGUCUCUUCUCACCCUAAUCUGUCCUUGGCUACGACUCAAGCCCUGAUACUCUGGUACAGGAUAAGGAGGGGCCCUGAAUUGGUAAGAUGGAGUCUUAGAUCGUCUCCAACGUACCAGCCUCCUUGGUUAAAGUUAAAAUCCAGAGAGUUUGGGGUAGAAGGAAGAGCUUUGGGGAAAAUGAGGUGAGGCAAGGUAACUUCUGUAGUCAGCAGGAUGAUUCUAAUGUUCAGAUCUGCGGGAGCUUUGGUUCUUUUCCUCCUCCAUUGCAUCGUCCGUGUCUCUCUUGACUCUUCACUUUGUCUCUCAUAAGUCUAUUUAAGAUUCUCUCUCUCGGCAACUUUUUUGCCUUCUCAGUCCCCUGUCUCAGUCCUAGGAAUCUGGUCAGCAGCAGAAUUGCUUUUUGGUAGGGGAGUAGAAGGUGUGGUCUGUAAAACUCUAAUUGCCUUCUUUUUCCUGACAAAGGUGGUUUGUGGCAGAUUUUACCCUUUUAAACUCCAAAUCAUAAUUUAAAGGCUUUAUGUCCCAGCGGACUCUUCCCUCGUGCACCAGAAUUGGUUUGAUGCUUCCUUCACCUCCCUGAUGUCUACCUCACCAACCUCCCUUGUGACUUGACCCGUAUGCUUCCUACUACUCACACCUGCAGAUUUCUGCGUACACUUUCAUUUCAGGGCUUUGUUCCUAGCCUAUUCUUACCCCUUCUUUGCCUAUCCAGAAUGAUGCUGUGUCUAGCAUCUUGCUGUAAAUAUUGUACAAUGAUUCUGUGUAAAUAGCUGGGACCCGUGCCCACAAUAGAGAGCAAGCCUUCUAGGUCAGCAAAUUAAAGAUCACUUUGCUUAUUGA